AUGAAGAUAUAUUAUUUAUUACUUUUCAUAACGUUUGCUACUGCCAGAGCAGCUCCAGCCGAGCCAAAACAACAAGAGUUAAAGAAUUUUGCUCUUGACGAAAUUAUCCCCAACAGCUUUAAUCAGAAAGGGUUUGGUGCUAGCUGGCUAUCAGGUAAUGAAUUGUUGUACCGUAACGAUGAUAACAACUACGUUAAGUACAACGUGGAAGACAAAACUGAAACUGUACUAUUAAAAACUGAAGAUUUGUCCAAAUGGCCUGGCUCAACAGUCCAGUUUAUAUAUCCGGACUUUAGCAAGGUUUUGAUUCGGUAUGCAGUCAAGACAGUUUUUCGCCAUUCGACACUCGCAAAGUAUGCGCUGUUGGAUAUUCUUUCUGGAGUUUCUUAUGACAUUUCAAAUGGUGAUGAUGUUUCUAUCUGCACCUUAUCACCAACUGGUCAAGCUCUAGUCUAUGUGAAAAAUAACAAUGUCUACUUACGACCAACCCUCACAAGUGAUGAUGAAAUUGCUCUUACAUCCGAUGGCGUGCCUGGCAUUAUUUACAAUGGUGUACCGGAUUGGGUUUAUGAAGAGGAAGUCUUCGGCACGGAUGCUACCUUAUGGUUCUCAAACGAUGGGACUCACAUUGCUAUGGCUAGUUUCGAUGAUGUAGAUGUAAAAGAAUUUACAUAUCACGUCUACGGAGAUCCGGAUGAUCCUGAACACCAGUAUCCCGAGGAAUAUACGAUUAGAUACCCGAAAGUAAACAACACCAACCCAAAGGUUCAUCUUAGGGUGAUGGAUCUGACAGCGUCUCCACGAUCUUGGGUGGAAAUUAAUGCUCCCACUGAAAUUGUAUCCAACGAUCACAUACUAGGAACGGUCAACUGGAUCGGCCGAGACUUAGGAGUAAUCUGGACGAAUCGUCGACAAAAUGUCGCAACAUUCCAGCGUUGUAAUGUGCAGUCUUUAAUCUGUACCGAGUUUGCCAGUAUUGAUGAAGCUGAUGGGUGGUACGAUCUGUACACGCCACGUUGCACUACCACGGGUGAUCGCUGCUUCUUCCUUGGCAACAACAAUGGUUGGCGCAAAAUAUGGGAACUGGUAGAAUCUAACCCAGUUGUCUUCAAGUCUGCCGAUGAAUAUACCGUAACCGCUAUUAACGGUUACGAUGAGGCUAGAAAUGAAAUUUAUUACACAGCUGUUUCAGCCAAAACACCACACCACCGUCACGUUUACCGGGAUAGCGAUUGUUUAACGUGUUCAUUGCUUAAGGACAAACUAGAAAAUGACAUCCCUUGUAAUUAUGCGGGCGUUUCCUUCAGCACAGACUAUACAAAUUUUGCAGCAACAUGUUCUGGUCCUACCGUUUCGUACUCUCAGAUUUUCCGCACUAGCGACCUCCAACAUGUAAUGGACUGGCAGUUGAACGAGGAGCUUCGAAAUAAACUGAACAGCUAUAAAAAGACGCAAGUACGAUAUGUUAGAGUUCCCGUGGGAGAUGGCGAAUUUGAAGCUUCUGUGCGAUUAUACCUUCCACCGGAAAUUGAUUUUGAAAAUCUCCAAAAUAAUGAGGAAAAAUUCCCGAUGAUCGUACAAGUAUACGGGGGACCCAAUUCUGUUAGGGUAACUGAUAGCUUUGGAAUCGGUUUCGGAGACUAUUUGACAACUACAAAGAAAACUAUUUAUUGUCAAAUAGAUGGCCGUGGCACGGGAAAUCAAGGUUAUAAGUACUUGUUUACCAUUAACGAUAACUUGGGUACAUUCGAGGUAGUAGAUCAAAUUGCGGUUACUCGGUACCUUCAAAAUAAGUAUAAUUUUAUCGACCGAGAUCGAACCGGUAUUUGGGGAUGGAGUUAUGGUGGUUACGUGACAUCAAUGACUCUCGAAAAAGACACUGAGCAGGUCUUCAAAUGCGGCAUAUCUGUCGCUCCAGUAACAUCGUGGAUGUUCUACGAUUCUAUAUACACGGAGAGGUAUAUGGGUUUACCUACAGCAGAGGACAAUCGAGCUGGAUACGACCGGGGAGAUGUCAGCCAGUAUGUUGAUGGAAUGAAAAAUCAUCUGUUUCUUUUGAUACAUGGAAAUGCUGACGAUAAUGUACAUUAUCAAAAUUCAAUGGUUUUCGUACGGGAGCUUGUAAAAGAAAAUAUUCAAUUUGAACAAAUGAGCUACCCCGACGAAGCUCAUGGACUUUCUGGAGUACAAAAACAUCUCUACCAUACCAUGGAUUACUUCUGGGACCAAUGUUUUGAAUAG